UACGUCACAUAAGUGGCUAGAAUAGUCCUUCUAUAACAGGGACAACAUUUUAUACAACGACACAAUAUCAGCGGAAGCAUCAGAAAAAUGCAUUAAUAUCGUUUUCACACAAGUUAUUGUAUUGUUGAAGAAUGCAUAUCGCCGAUUUCGUUGCAGGAUCCAUAGGAGGUGCAUGUGGUGUUGCUGUGGGAUAUCCUCUUGAUACAGUAAAGGUCAGGAUACAAACUCAGAAGCAGUUCACUGGGAUAUGGCAGUGCUUCAUAACAACGUUAUCUAAAGAAGGGGUCCAUGGCUUCUUCAAGGGGAUGUCCCUGCCUGUUACCACGGUUUCCAUGACUUCCUCUGUGGUGUUUGGGACGUACAGGAACUGCCGUCAGUGUCUCAGUCAGCUGAGGGGAGGACCAGGAACCCCAAACACCAAUCUAGAAAUCUUCCUCUCUGGCCUGGCCGGGGGUGUGGCUACGGUGACAGUGAUGUCACCAGGCGACAUAGUGAAAGUCAGGCUGCAGUGUCAGACAGAGUCCAUGCGAGCCAGAAAAGGGGCGAACUUGCCCAAACCCAAGUACCGCGGCCCCGUCCACUGUCUCCUGACCAUCGUCAGAGAGGAGGGGGCGCUGGGGCUCUACAGGGGAGCUCUGCCUCUCAUGCUGAGAGACGGACCGUCCUACGCCACGUACUUCCUGACUUACAGCACACUCUGUGAGUGGUUCACCCCGACUGGAAAGAAGGGACCAGAGUGGACAGGGGUGAUGCUGGCCGGCGGGUUGGCUGGUAUGACCGGCUGGACAGUGGGUACGCCCAUGGAUGUGAUUAAGGCCCGCCUCCAGAUGGACGGAGCCAGGGAUAUCAAGAGAUACAAGGGCUUUGUCCACUGCAUCACAGAGACAGUCAGGGUGGAGGGGUCAGGGGUGUUCUUCAGGAGCUUGGGGAUCAACUGUCUACGUGCCUUCCCUGUCAACAUGGUGGUGUUUGCUACCUUCGAACUCCUGGUCGGCUUCCUCAGAACACAGCCUGAUGCUAUAGAACCCCCCACACUGCUUCCUCAGAACACAGCCUGAUGCUAUAGAACCCCGCACAGCUGUCUGUCUGUCUGUCUGUCUGUGUUUGUCUGUCUGACCGUCUGUCUGUCUGUCUCUCUGUGUCAGUCU